AGUCAUGUCUUCUCUUGUAGGCGGGUUUACAAUUUGUCCACAAGUCUCAGGAAUGUUUAGGUGAAUGUUGAAUGUGUCAAGAGCAGCGCUGCUGCUCCAACGUGUUUUUUUUUUUUUUCCAUCCAGCUGCUUGCAUUGCAAUGCAGGUCGUUUUUGUGUUAUGUCUUCUGAACAAAUGGGGUGCUAAAUUUUAAUCCGUAUAUGGAGCUCAACAAACUGAUAUUUCAGAUUUGUACAUAAACAGUUUGUGUGCCUCUUUUGGAUUAGGAAUAGAAUAGAAAAAGAGGGUUCCAGUGCUGUCCGUGGUACUGAAGUCCAGGCGCCUCGAACUACUGCCGCUUUUUCCAUUUUGGUUAUAAUAUGUGUUCACAACUGAACUGUUGAAAAUGACUCGGAAAAAAACAUAUUGUGUGCGCCUUUGUGGAUUCUUCGUGUGGGAAGCAGCAGUUCUACUCAGCUUGGUAGCAUCAAAGGAACCCGAAGGAGCCCGGAAUCGCAACAUUCCAAUGUCACCAUCCGAUUUCCUGGACAAGCUUAUGGGAAGGACAUCAGGAUAUGAUGCAAGAAUCAGACCAAACUUUAAAGGUCCGCCUGUGAAUGUGACUUGCAACAUAUUUAUUAACAGCUUCGGUUCAAUUGCAGAAACAACCAUGGAUUACAGAGUAAACAUCUUUCUUCGUCAGCAGUGGAAUGACCCCCGGUUGGCUUAUAGCGAAUAUCCUGAUGACUCUCUAGAUUUGGAUCCCUCUAUGUUAGAUUCUAUCUGGAAACCUGAUUUGUUUUUUGCAAAUGAGAAAGGAGCUCAUUUUCAUGAAGUUACCACAGAUAACAAACUUUUAAGAAUAUUUAAAAAUGGAAAUGUUCUUUACUCAAUAAGAUUGACAUUAACACUUUCCUGCCCAAUGAAUCUUAAAAAUUUCCCAAUGGAUGUGCAGACUUGCAUAAUGCAGUUGGAAAGUUUUGGAUACACAAUGAAUGAUCUUAUUUUUGAAUGGCAAGACAACGGGCCAGUUCAGGUUGCCGAAGGGCUUACGCUGCCACAGUUUAUUCUGAAAGACGAGUCAGAUUUACGAUACUGUACUAAACAUUACAAUACAGGAAAGUUUACAUGCAUAGAAGUGAGAUUUCAUCUGGAGAGGCAGAUGGGUUACUACCUUAUUCAGAUGUACAUCCCUAGUCUCCUUAUUGUGAUUCUUUCUUGGGUGUCAUUUUGGAUCAACAUGGAUGCAGCCCCUGCUAGAGUGGCUUUAGGUAUUACAACAGUGCUGACCAUGACUACACAGAGUUCAGGGUCACGGACAUCUCUCCCAAAGGUAUCUUAUGUCAAAGCUAUUGACAUAUGGAUGGCAGUUUGCUUGCUCUUUGUAUUUUCGGCAUUGUUGGAAUAUGCUGCCGUGAACUUUGUGUCCAGGCAGCAUAAGGAGCUGCUCAGAUUCCGCCGCAAAAGAAAGAAGAACAAGGAGGAAGAUGUGAGGGAAAGUCGUCUCAAUUUUGCAGCCUAUGGAGUGGGUCAGUGUCUUCAAGGAAAAGAUGGAGUCAUCCCAAAGGUGCCCAACAACUCCACCACUAUACCAGCAGCAAAAACCCAAGAGGAAAUGAGAAAACUGUUCAUUGAUCGGGCAAAAAAGAUUGACACUAUAUCCCGUGCUGGCUUCCCAUUAGCCUUCUUGUUUUUUAAUAUUUUUUACUGGGUUCUCUAUAAAAUCCUUUGGCAUGAGGAUGUACACCAGCAAUAGAAGUCAACCAUCCAAGAGAAGACAUUGAGCUAACUAUGCAAAGCCAAAGGAGACAGGUAUCAAUGAUUUCUAAAUUCCUAAUGCAUAUAAAAAGACAGUUAUUAAUUACGGCUUUUUCACUGCUUACAAGAAAUGGAUAAUCUAUACCAAUUCACUCUAAACUGUGUGUCUUACAGCUUAACUGCCAGUGUUCUCUGUAAUAUAUGUUCACAAAUUCUGGUUACGUAGAACAGGAUUUUUCUGAUGGAUAAAAAAGAAAGUGCAUUAUUGAAACCAUGUUAGAACUAGGAAGAAACAAUUAGAAACAAUUUAGUUUUCUUAAAUUAACCAAAUUCUUUUUACUAGUUUUGUGAUAGCUGCAGUUUUAUUUAAACAUGGUGUAACUUGCAAUUGUGUCCCACAAACAAAACUUUAUGACAUUGAGCCUUAUUCAUUUAGGUGUUGUUUUAUUAUAACUAUUUUAAAUAGAAACUGAUGGGAUCCCAUUGUGAGCCUAGAGACUUAGUAUUGUUAGUCAACCGUUGCGAUGCACAAAUUUCAAUUUCUGAAUUUAACAAUGGGGUUGUAUUUCGACUAGGGAACCUAACAUACACACUAAUGUGCUUUCAAAUAUUUGACCAAUAAAAUACACCAGUAUUAUUUUAAAAUACUGAUUAUGAUGUUGAUAAAUACCAUCAAGUUUUAUUCCAGUGAAAAAGACACUGCACUGUUCACCGAAUAAGCUGAUAAGAAAGCCAGAACUACAUUGUCUUCAUAUUUGAGUCCUUACUUAAAAAUAAGCCAACAUUAAUUUUCAUUUGUGGCUUCGGCUCACAACCCUCACCAUGCCACCCCUUUAAAACCUCUGAUUUCUCUGUGUAAAAAUACAUAAUGAAUUAAAUGACGGCUGUAUUGAGAUCCUCAACAGUUUAGAUCAAUAGAAUAGACAUGGAAAAGAUCAAAUGUUGGAAUUGUGCUCUCACAUCUCAUUACAUUUUUUAUGUUUUAACAGUAAAUUUAUAUAAAUUAAUGUAAAUUAAUAUAAAAGGUUUAACCAAAAACGUACUGUUUGAUGCAAAUCUUGCAUUGGUUAAUCAUUUAUACAGUCGUAUGUUGAUGUCUUCUAAGCCACUGCAAUUUAAAGUUGUAUAUGCAAAAUUUAAAAAGAUUCCUAAAAAUACUAGAGCAAGUUUGAAUAAAAAUCCUAAAAUGUCAUAGUAUAUUAUACAACUGUUUACACGUGUAAUAUGUUACACCUAGAUCUGCGUCCUUGAAUGUUCACUAGGGGCUUUAGUCAGUUCAGCUACAAACACUGUAAUCCAACACAUGCCAGUAGUAGAGAAUUACAAAUCAUGAGGUUCUAUAUACCAGAGGGGUGACAUGGAAAGUUAUUACUGCCACAGUAAGCCACACCUGAUAAACAUCCUGCAUGUAAAUACAUAAUGUAAAACUAGAAUAUACUGCUGCCUAAUUGUUCGUGAGUUUUAAACGACACUAUUAUUAAAAUGUAAGGGCAACAACCCAUUUAAAUGUUUACUGUGGUAGACUGUGGUAAAAGUGAUGUAAAGUAUAGAACAAUAAAAGAGAAAGCAUGGUAAAACAUAGGGAAGCAUGGCUAAACAAACAUAUGUAUUGUAAAAGCUGUGGUUAUCAAUGGGAAAACACAGUAAAUGUGUAGUAUAAGCGUGGGAAAAGCAUAGGAAACUUUAAAAUGACUACCAGUAUGCUACCGUAAAUUCAGAACAAAAAAAUAAAUAUCUGCACUUGCACAUGAAAACUAAGAAUGGUUUCUGCAAAGCAAUGGAAAGCGAUACAAGUUUAGCACUGCAAAAAUAAUUUAUUUUAUUUUAUGUACAGCAGGACAUUGCAUUAAACAUUUAUUUUAUGUCAUAUUUAAUAUUUGUUUUUUUUCAUAUUUAGAUUUUAUUUUUCACUGUUUUAUAUCAUGUCCAUUUAACUACCUCCUCAUCUAAUGACUAUGCAUUUUCAUUUUAAAAUUCAAGUUUAUUUACUCUAACCUUCAUUAAAUUCCACUGUCCAUGUCACUUAGUAACUUCUUUCAUCACCAUAACCUUGCUUCAAUUUGAAUGUUUAUAUUAAUGUGUCGGUUCUUUAUAACAAUUCACACAGGAAAAAAAAAAUGUAAUUAGGCUUUACAAACCUUCAUGAAUGGCAGUUCUUCCUCGAAAGGCAGAUUAUAUAUCAAGAACAUGUAAUACCUCUCAUUAUCUCCCUUGAUAGAAAAACUGCCUUGUAAACAUUUUCAUACUUCAGCUUUUGCAUUCUAACAUGUAUGCACUUGAUGCUUCACUGGAAAUGAGCAUUCCUUUCCUUCCAUUGUGACAUAACAGCAGUAAUGCACACCUGAUUGCAACAUGACAGUUUAUGCAACUCUGAAUGUUUGCUUUUAUCUCUCUUCCCUUUCAAGUGGAAUGACAACCAUACCCGAAUGGGAAGAGCCUCUCUGACCCAUCAAU